ACCGUGCAGCGGACCUCGGGUGGGUGCUCGUCCUCCGGUCCGGGCACCCAAGAUUUCCGGUAGUGUCCGGAGGCACUGUCCAGCCCCAGAGGCCUGGGCCUCCGGAGGCCCACUCGGGACCGCGGUGUUUUCGGCGCCCGGAGCGCCCCCAGCCUCCCCGCUCCGCCUGCGGGUUGGGGUUAGCCCUCACCCCUCAGCCCUGUGCCUGCUCCGCUGGAGACCUCUCCUGGAUCAAUAGUGCUCUUUGCCUGGAGCUGUUAAUUUUGACAUUGCAGAAGGCUCACCGCCCUCCACUAGGUUAUGCAGCCUGACCCUCACGAAGCUGGCCGUGCUUAGGGAGCUGGAGAAGGAGCUCAUGUCUGUGGUGAUUGCUGUCAAGAUGCAGGGCUCCAAACGGAUCUUGCGUUCCCAUGAGAUUGUACUGCCUCCAAGUGGACAAGUGGAGACUGACCUGGCCCUGACCUUCUCUCUGCAGUACCCCCACUUCCUGAAGAGAGAAGGCAACAAACUCCAGAUCAUGCUACAACGCAGAAAGCGGUACAAGAACCGUACAAUCCUGGGCUACAAGACACUGGCUGUGGGCUCCAUCAACAUGGCCGAGGUAAUGCAGCACCCCUCCGAGGGCGGCCAGGUGUUGAGCCUCUGCAGCAGCAUUAAGGAGGCCUCCGUCAAGGUGGCUGAGAUCUGGAUCGUCUCCCUGUCCAGCCAGCCCAUUGACCACGAGGACAGCACCAUGCAGGCCGGGCCCAAGACCAAGUCCACAGAUAACUACUCGGAGGAGGAGUAUGAGAGCUUUUCCUCUGAGCAGGAGGCCAGUGAUGAUGCUGUACAAGGGCAGGAUCUGGAUGAGGACGACUUUGAUGUGGGAAAGCCCAAGAAGCAGCGGCGAUCGAUAGUAAGAACGACGUCCAUGACCAGGCAGCAGAACUUCAAGCAGAAGGUUGUGGCGCUGCUGCGGAGGUUUAAAGUGUCAGAAGAGGUCCUGGAUUCUGAGCAGGACCCUGCAGAACAUCCCCCCGGGACAGAAGAGGACCUGGACCUUCUCUGUGACACGCUGGAUGUGGACAACCCCAGUGACAGUGGCCCUGACAUGGACGAUGAUGACAGUGUGCUCAGCACCCCCAAGCCCAAGCUCAGGCCGUACUUCGAAGGCCUGUCUCAUUCCAGCUCACAGACGGAGAUCGGGAGCCUCCACAGUGUCCGGAGCCAUAGAGAGCCUCCCAGUCCCGCUGAUGUCCCUGAGAAGACACGGUCCCUGGGGGGCCAGCAGCCGAGCGACAGCGUCUCUGACACGGUGACUCUUAGUACGACAGACCCACGAGAGCCAGCAGUGCAGCCUGAGGACAGCCCAGAGGCUGAGACCUCUACCCUGGAUGUGUUCACCGAGAGGCUGCCACCCAGCGGGAGGAUCACCAAGACAGAGUCUCUGGUCAUCCCUUCCACCAGGUCUGAAGUAAAGCCAGCUGGCCGCCGGGGGCGAAGCACAUCCCUGAAGGAGCGGCAACCGGCUCGGCCGCAGAACGAGCGGGCAAACAGUCUGGACAAUGAGCGCUGCCCAGAUACACGGAGCCCGCUGCAGAUCCCCAGGAAGACUGUGUACGACCAGCUGAACCAUGUCCUCAUCUCUGACGACCAACUUCCGGAGAACAUCAUCCUGGUCAACACAUCUGACUGGCAGGGGCAGUUCCUCUCAGACGUUCUGCAGAGGCACACGCUCCCUGUGGUGUGCACAUGCUCUCCCGCAGAUGUCCAGGCGGCCUUUAGCACCAUCGUCUCGCGGAUCCAGAGAUACUGCAACUGCAAUUCCCAGCCCCCCACCCCGGUGAAGAUUGCCGUGGCAGGAGCCCAGCAUUACCUCAGUGCCAUCCUGCGGCUCUUCGUGGAGCAGCUGUCCCACAAGACGCCCGACUGGCUCGGCUACAUGCGCUUCCUCGUCAUCCCCCUGGGUUCCCACCCUGUGGCUAGGUAUCUGGGGUCUGUGGACUACCGCUACAACAACUUCUUUCAGGACCUGGCCUGGAGAGACCUGUUUAACAAGCUGGAAGCCCAGAGCUCUGUGCAGGACACGCCGGACAUCGUGUCACGCAUCACCCAGUACAUCGCAGGUGCCAACUGCGCCCACCAGCUGCCCAUUGCUGAGGCCAUGCUGACCUACAAGCAGAAGAGCCCUGAUGAAGAGUCGUCCCAGAGAUUCAUUCCCUUUGUUGGGGUUGUGAAGGUUGGAAUUGUGGAACCGUCCUCAGCCACAUCAGGUGACUCGGAUGACGCGGCCCCUUCAGGCUCCAGCGUGCUCUCUUCCACUCCACCAUCCACAUCCACUUCUCCCGCUGCCAAGGAGGCCUCGCCCACCCCUCCUUCUUCCCCUUCAGUGAGUGGAGGCUUGUCCUCCCCCAGCCAGGGCGUCGGCGCUGAGCUCAUGGGGCUGCAGGUGGACUACUGGACAGCAGCACAGCCCACAGACAGGAAGAGAGACACCGAGAAGAAGGACCUGCCCACCACCAAAAACACGCUCAAGUGCACUUUCCGGUCCCUCCAGGUCAGCAGGCUGCCCAGCAGUGGUGAGGCUGCGGCCACCCCCACCAUGUCCAUGACUGUGGUCACGAAGGAGAAGAACAAGAAGGUGAUGUUUUUGCCUAAGAAAACGAAGGACAGGGACUUGGAGUCCAAAAGCCAGUGCAUCGAGGGCAUCAGCCGCCUGAUCUGCACAGCCAAGCACCAGCAGAACAUGCUGCGGGUCCUCAUCGAUGGCGUGGAAUGCAGUGACGUCAAGUUCUUCCAGCUGGCUGCCCAGUGGUCCUCCCACGUGAAGCACUUCCCCAUCUGCAUCUUCGGACACUCCAAGACCACCUUCUAGCCCCACCCGUGGAGGGGCCAGCGCAGGACAGUGGAGGAGAAUGUCCUGCCCUUGUGGCCAUUGCUGGGGGGGGCAGCUCCAUUUCUGUUAACACUUGUUUACUACAGAGACAGAUUCUUAAAACACAAAGAAACAGUCUUAAGUAUGAAUGUGCUCAGAGCCUGGAAGCUGAGGGACAGGUAGCUCUUGGAUGGGUGCCCAGUAACUGCUCUGCUUAUUAACCAGAAGGUCUGGACGGGUGGGGAGGCUGGGGGGCUGAGGGAAGGGCAUCUGGUCUCAGGAGCCCCCAGAGCCUGCAAGCAAGAAGGCUCUUGCCCUUGAGUCCUGCCCUUCCUGGAAGCCAGGCUCUGCUUCCCCGGGGAGCCCCUUGGUGGGCACAGGCCCCAGCGCUUGGUGGCCAGAGACUGAAGGUGACGGGCACGCUCUGCCCCUGGUGCGGGAUGACAGCCCACUCCCGCCCGAGCUCCACCCAGCCUUAGGGUGAGGCGUUCUACUAGAUCUUUCUAACGCUCUCAAAUACAUGUUACCACAGACGUAGCUGCCAAACACGUUGCUCUCAAGAAGUCCCCUCGAGGCUGGGCAGAGACAGCAGCACCCACUCCCCACCUCGUUCUCUGCUCCGGUUCCCAACGCACCACUAGGCUUCUGUUUAUCUUGCGGUCCCAGAGUCAUCUGCACAGCCCUGUGUGGCCCCUGCCAAGGUCCCCACGU